AUGGCUACUGGGACUAAAGUGUUCAAAGUCACACUUGUUGGUGAUAAGAAUGGAGAUAAAAUGGAAGCUCUUGGUAUGUGCCAUUUAGAUACAACUGAUUGGGACCCAAAUCAUAUGAUAUUCAGGACAUUGAGAGUUAAGCCUGGCAAGAAUACUCCAGUGUGUCACUUCUUUUCUAUAAAUCAUCUUUUGUGGGUUCCAUUGCCAAAUUCAAAAGUCAACAUAUGA